UAAAUGCAACCUGGUCUAAAAUAGAAAACUCAGAUUUAAUGACUUAUUCAGAUGAUGGUUAAUAGAAAAUACUUUCAUUUGAUUCACUUGUAAGAAGCAAUUUAAAUGGGAAGAGCAAAUGGGCCCGUUCUCAAUUUUUUUUUAUUUUACAAAUCGAAAGAAAAACACGUAUAAAGUAAAUUCCCAAAUUUUUAGAUUUUUAUUCCUACUCUUAACCCCUUAAAAAAAUUAACAAAGUUGCUCCACGCGAAAACGGGGCGGAGCUUUGGGUAACGUCACGAUGCAGGUGCGACCGCGCCACGGUAUCGGGAGACGGCCAGAAACAGUGGAAAUCGAAUUAACGUGUUUGUUUAGUCUGUUGCGAGUAUUCGUGUGGUGUUUUCUGUUCUGUAAUUUUUUUAAAUUUAAUUUCUGGUGUACCAUGAGUGACAAAAAAACUACGAGGAAAUAUUGUAUUGUACCUGAGUGUCCUAAUACCUCAAAAAAUGCCCCUGAGAAGCUAUUUAUAAACGUGCCUUCUGAUCCUACAGCUAGGAAGGUUUGGCAAAAAGCUAUGCGUCGAGAAGUUUUUGUUUCUGGUAAAUCACACGUUUAUUGUUGCGAGGAUCAUUUUGAUGUAAAAGAAGACAUAGAAAAUUAUAUGUAUUUAAAAACUAUGAAAAAAGGUAAUAUUCUUAUUAAGCCAAAUGUAGUACCGAGAUUUUUUGAUUGCCAAAAAAGUCGAGUAACAGCACAUAAAGCGAAACAGUCGAAGUUUUUACAAAAAAAAGAACAGCGGUCUUUGAUUCACAGUUUACUACUUCCUGGGACUUCUGCUGAAUUUGAGGAUGUUAAGCAGGAAGAUAACGUGACAAGCGAAACAGAACCGAAACAAAAAGAUGUAGGCAUUCAAGUUUUAUUUAAGGUGGAAAGUCCCAGCAAGGGAAUUCAAUGUAUGCCAGAUGAUUUGGUGCCAGUGGAAAAAGAGAAGAAAAAAAGAAAAUGUACAUUUAAGCAAAAUGAUUCGAAGAUCAUGCGGUUUGCUGAAAAAAAUAAUUCUAUCUCUAUUUCCACUAGUGGCUCUACGUCCACAUUUAGCUUAUCACAGCUAAGUAUGUCGGAUUCUGACAAUAUGCAAUAUAUGGAGAACUAAUAAUAAUAGUGUUUUAUUACAUUCAGGCAUCAAACAAAAUAGACCCUUUUUUAUAGCGGCGAAC